AUGCCCAUCACAAAUGGCAGUGCAAUAAGAGAAUUCAUUCUCCUGGGGCUCACAGAUCGCCCCGAACUCCAGCCUCUCCUCUUUGUGCUGUUUCUGGUCGUGUACCUUGCUACUCUCUUUGGCAACCUGGGCAUGAUAGUGUUGAUCCGACUGGAUUCUCGCCUUCACACCCCUAUGUACUUCUUCCUCACCAAUUUAGCCUUUGUUGACUUGUGCUAUACCUCCAACGCCACCCCACAGAUGUUGGCUAAUUUUCUUUCAGAGAAGAAGACCAUCACCUUUGCUGGCUGCUUUACCCAGUGUUACAUUUUCAUUGCGCUCCUUCUCACAGAGCUUUACAUGCUGGCAGCCAUGGCCUAUGACCGCUAUGUGGCCAUAUGCAGCCCUCUGCACUAUAGUGUAAAAAUGUCCGGGAGGGUCUGCACCUGCUUGGCCACAUUUCCUUAUGUCUAUGGCUUCUCCGAUG